AAAAGAUUGAAAAAGAGAAAUAGAGGAUAGAUCGUCUCUUGAACUACGGCCUGCGACUCAGUAUAUCAGCAAAGCACUGGAUUCUUCGAUGGAGGUUUCUGGGCUGGAAGAGGCAUUGAAGGUGUUCGAAUCCUCUCUUUCUCAAACCAAAUGGCGACUUAAAGCUUCUUCAAAGCGUCGGCUUGAGACAGAUGUCCUUGCCUUAUGCGUGGGGAUGAGGCCGGUUAUAAUGGUUGACUAUGGUGGAAAGAUGCCUGAAUUGAAAGAACGACUAUGCACCUUCCUCAAGUUUUGUCAAAAGGAAGUGGGCGGUCCUUGUAGCAAUGUGGAAGAUUUUAGUAGAAAGUAAAAUGUGACAUUUGUAAAGGUAAAUAUGCGAAAAACGUGAAUGUGGAAAGAAGUUAAAGGCCUGGACUCUUUAUGAGAUGGGUCAGACUCUUACCCUUAUUUUUAGUGUGUGUGGUCCUUGCAGCAAUGUGGAAGAUUUGAGUAGAAAGUAAAAUGUAACAUUUGUAAAGGUAAAUAUGCGGAAAACAUGAAUGUGGAAAGAAGUUAAAGUCCUGGACUCUUUAUGAGGUGGGUAAGAUUCUUACCCCUCUAUUUAGGUGUUAGCGACAGUUUCGCUAUGAUUGUCUGCAAAUUUGGAUCCUUCUCAAUGGGUAUUAAUUAUUUCAUAGAUCCCUUCUUUCCCUUGAAGAGUUGUUGAUUUUGCAGAUGGCCUUUAAAAGAGGGGUGAGAAGAUCCACAUGAGUUGUGUUAUGCAUGGAUAAAAUAGAGAGAGAGAGAGAGUGGUCCAAGGAUACACUUUGUGUUUUCCCAAGAGCAAAAUAGGGAUCAGAGUUGAAAUACCUAGGCACGUGCCUAAAAUCAGUUCAAAUAAAAGGCCGCAUGUGUAAUGUGCUGGCUAAUAGGCAUUUAAUAUAUUAAAAAUCGAGUGGCUCAGGUUUGACUUGGUUCAGCUUGGACAAAAAAUGAGGUUCAAAACAUGAUCAGAGUUCGCUCUUAUUGUCAUACAAACAGGUUUGAAUGGCGAAAACGAGCCUAGCAGAGUAGCUUGAAUUGUUAAACGGGCCUAAGAGCUG